AUGUCGUCAUUCCUCUUCGAUGAGCUUUGUUCUCUGCUGGACGUUUUUGUUUUCAUGUUGCCGUUUGCGAUUGUCGCCAGGAUUUGUUGCUGUACAACGGUAAGUAAUGGAAAAUGGGCUGGAUAUGGCAGGGUGGGCAGGCGGGCUUUGGAAAUUUUGAAAAGCUGGCUUCUAAUUGAAAAGGCCGUAUGAGGUACCAACCUAUUGUACUUUUUGCACAGUGCGGGUUUCUAGUUGAAAAAAGCCUAUGAUUUUGCACAGUGCAGUUUCAUAAUUGAAAAAAGCCUAUGAUUUUGCACAGUGCAAUUUUCUAAUUGAAAAAAGCCUAUGAUUUUGCACAGUGCAAUUUUCUAAUUGAAAAAAGCCUAUGAUUUUGCACAGUGCAAUUUUCUAAUUGAAAAAAGCCUAUAAUUUUACACAGUGCAAUUUUAUAAUUAAAAAAAGCCUAUGACUUUGCACAGUGCAAUUUUAUAAUUGAAAAAAGCCUAUAAUUUUGCACAGUGCAGUCUAUAGUUGAAAAAGAUCGGGGAAAAAAAUUUUCCUCUAGAAAACCGAGUGUUAUUUUCAACAAAACCUAUUUCAGAUCCGAAGAGGAAGUCCAAUUUCCAAUUUUUUCAAAGUUUUCUGGAUCCUCGCCGCCAGUAUUUUCCUCGGCAAACUCGUUGAACUGGCAUAUUGGAAGUGCGGCGAAAAGACUUGUAAGUUUCAAAACUUUUUUCGAAAUGAAUUCUCACUAUGCUAAUUGUUCUUAUUAUUAUAAAUAAAACAAAUAAUGUAAACUAUUUUCAGCCGCUGGAAGAUCAAUGGUGCUGGACAUUACUCUUCAGAUCAUCAUCUCAUAUCGUAAGUAAUCGAUUUCAAAAUUGGACUAAAAAUACCUUUCAAUAUUUAUAGCCAAUAUCCAUUAUUUCUUAAAAAAAAAUUUUGGCAUUUUUCCAAAAAUUGAGAAAGGGGCAGUGUAUCUAUUCUUCUGAGCAACUUUGAAAAUGGUUCGCGAAAUAGGGUUCAGAAAGUGAAAUGAACUCAAUUCUGCAAAAAGAGUUCACGCAAAAAUGAAUAGAAUUUUUGUUAGUUUUUUGUGAACUGAUUUCAGCAAAUUGACAAGGGAAGUACCCCAAGUGCGACGCUCAGAUUUUCUUUAAAUUUUGCACACACGUCGAGUAUGGACUAAAUAUAAAUUCCUGAAAGUUUUAGCUCGCGCUUUGCGGGCGCCGCUGAGAUAUCGAACGAUUUUUGCCGCCGAGAGAGCACGCUAAACGCGGAGAGCGGUCAGAGAGAAAACCGCUUUUUGGCCACAACUUUGGCAAUUUCGUGCGGAAAAAUUUGAUUUUUUGUAGAAACAUUAUCCUUUACGGUAGAAAUAGGCAUGAAACUUUUCGUGCCGAAAUUCGGCAAAAAAUCCUAAAUUUUGGCCGCCUUUCGAUCUAAAAAUCUCGGUCGUUUCUGCAAAACGCGAGCUAGGAUUCUCGCAUAUAUCUUAGAAAAAAUUGUUCUAAAUUUGUGCCAAGUUUCAUCAAAAUCUGAGCGUCGCACUUGGGGUACUUCCCCUGUAAGUCACUUCUGAAUUUCUGAAAAUUCAGGCUCACGCUUUGCAAUAAGGGCCAAGACAUUUAUCGACCGUGUUCAAGAUCUUCUCUAAUAUUUGAUUUUCAGUCGAUCGCGACCUCGAUUUCUGCCAAUCCGCGCACAGGGCCUCCAUGGAAAGUCGCGGGAUCAGUUCGGAUUACGAGAAAGCGGAUGUCCUCGACACAAUUUUCAUGCUUAGCGGUGUAAUCUCCAUGAAUUGGAUCGUUGCAUCGAUGGUUGCGGGGUGCUUCAAAAAGGAGAAAACUCGGCAAAUCUACUCGCCAAAUGACGUGGAAUCCGCGACAGGAGUGAAUAACGAAAUUUCUUUGUGA